AUGGGCGAUGCCUUUGCAACCAAGACGAACGAGAAGGCAGAGGGAACAAAGUCAGAGCAACAUGGCGAUACUCUCAGCACCCUAGAGCCAGUCAUCACUGCCGCUUCCCAUGAGCCACCUGAAAUGAGCCCGAUUCGUCGCCGCGCUGUUAUGUGUGCACUCUGCCUGACUCUCUUGCUCAGCGCGCUAGACAUAACAAUCAUCGCAACUGCCCUUCCAACAAUCGCAUCAACUCUGCAAGCCACGGCCUCAGAGUACGCCUGGGUGGGUAGCGCGUACACGUUGUCGAGCACAGCCUCUACACCGGUGUGGGCAAAGAUGUCGGAUAUCUUUGGUCGGAAACCUACUAUCAUGACCGCGGCGGCGACGUUCAUGGCUGGAAGUCUGAUCGCAGCCCUGGCUGGGAACAUUGAAGUUCUCAUUGCUGGGAGGACUGUGCAGGGGCUUGGGGGAGGUGGUUCGCUGGUUCUGGUCACGAUUGUGAUUGGCGAUAUCUUCAAAUUAGAGGAUCGGGCCAAGUAUUAUGGCAUGACUGGCAUUGUGUAUGGGAUCGCAAGUGCGGUUGGUCCGGUCCUUGGUGGUGUCUUUACCCAGACAAUUGGAUGGAGAUGGUGCUUCUUUAUCAACUUACCAUUCGAUGGCAUUGCCUUGGUGGUUUUGUUCUUCACCCUCAAGGUUGAAACCCCAAAAGAGCCCUUGGUCGCCGGCCUUCGAGAUCUCGACUGGAUCGGGUUUCUUCUCAUCAUAGGUGGCACAAUCUGCUUCCUCUACGGCCUCGAAACAGGUGCCGGUGGCAUCGUACCCUGGAGGUCUGCUCUGGUGAUCUGCCUCAUCCUCUUCGGGAUCGUUAUCCUCGCGCUCUUCGUUGUAUGGGAGGCUCGCUUCGCCAAGAGCCCCGUAAUUCCAUUCCGAAUCUUCCAACAGGUCACCAAUAUUGCCUCUUUCACCCUUGCUUGCAUCCACAGUUUCGUCUUCAUAUCGUACGACUACUUCCUGCCGCUCUACUUCCAAGUUGUACUCGGCUUCCAACCGAUCAUUGCCGGAAUCACACUGUUUCCUCUGCUUAUCCCGCUUACGGUCAUGACAAUGCUCGGAGGGCUAUACACCCGGAAGACUGGCAACUACAUCAUUCCCAUCUUCUUCGGCUCAGCACUCACGACUCUCGGAAACGGACUUUUCAUCAGCUUUGGCCUCAGCACGCAGUGGGCUAAGAUUGUUGUUUUCCAGAUGAUCACCGGUUUUGGAGCCGGCGUGCUUUUCCAAAGUCCGAUGAUCUCGAUUCAGACCCACAUGAAGCAGGCUGAUACGGCGGCAGCCAUGUCAGCUUUUACUUUCUUGAGGUCUCUCUUCUCAUCGAUGUCGAUUGUUAUUGGAACCGUGCUGUUGCAGCAUAAUCUCGGUGGUGGAGAGCUGACGGCGGAAAAGCUUGGCUCUGAAGAAGGGAGUGAUAGGACGCCUGGGACAAGUCAGUCGAGCUACAUGUCUGCGCUGCGUGUGAUGUGGGCAUUCUUUACUGGUGUUUCCGGAUGUAUGCUUCUGGCUGCGAUUUUCAUCAAGCCGAAGCCAAAAAAGUCGGCUCUACAGGACACAAGCAGAUAA